AUGGCCCUCAAAUACGACCCCGAGUUCGCCCAAGCUGCGGCCCCAAUCCUCUCCGCUCGCGCUGCAGCCUCCCCCGCCGCCGUCCACGAUGUAGAAAUCCGCCGGACACGCAUCACAGCCGCCUACGCAGCCGCAUUCAAGAAACUUCCAGAAACUCCGGACGUCGAGCACAAGAUCUACCAGGUCAAGUCACACGAUGGCCAGCCCAUCUCCGUAUCCCACUUCUACAAGAAGUCCGGGCACGCGACGCCCGGCUCGGCCGUUUUCCACACGCACGGCGGCGGUACGAUCCAGGGUGAUGUAGAGCUGUUUGUCCCGCUGCUUGCGAAUGAAGUCCAGCAGACUGGUGUGCAGUUUUUCUCCGUGGACUACCGUCUUGCGCCUGAGCAUCCGCAUCCGAUUCCCGAGGAGGACUGCUACGCCGCGUUGACGUGGGUGUACGAGCACGCGGAUGAGUUUGGUAUCGACCGCAGCCGCAUUGCCACGAUGGGUGAGAGCGCGGGUGGUCGUCUGGCGCUAGUGAUGAGUCUCAUGGCUCGGGACCGUAAACUGUCGCCGCCGCUGGCGAAGCAGAUUCUGAUCUAUCCCAUGCUGGAUGACCGUAACACAAACCCGAUCGCAGCGUUGGAGCCGUUAGCAGUGUGGUCCAAUGAUGAUAAUAUCACUGCCUGGACGGCGCUGCUGGGCAAGGAUGUGGUUGGCACGGAUAAGGUGCCAGAGUAUGCUGCACCGGCGCGAGUGCAGAACCUUGAGGGGCUUCCGCCGACGUUUAUUGAUGUCGGGGAGUUGGAUGUCUUCCGGGAUGAGGAUUAUGCAUUUGCGGGGAGAUUGGCGGCUGCGAAUAUCAGUACGGAGUUCCAUGUGUAUCCUGGCUUGCCUCAUGCGUUUGAGGUGUUUGCGCCGGAGAUCGAUGUGACGAGGCGGGCUGUGGAGCACCGCAUGAAAGCUGUUACUUCGGUGUAA